ACUUAUCAACAUACUACAUAUUGUGUACCAUUUACCAUUAUUGUUGUAUAUUUAUAUACAUACUAUAUACUCUAUCGUAUAUUUUCAGUGUUAUCUUUGCAAUCAUGUCAGGUCCACACGUCGUAUUGAAUCCAGCCCAGGCCAUCGUAUUUGAUCGCCCAGGUGAAAACUUUGUGACAGUUGAGCUGAAGAUCAAGAAUAUUGCCGACAAGUGCGUGCAUUUCAAGGUUAAAACUACCGCCCCAAAACGGUACUGUGUGCGUCCCAACGGAGGCUUGGUCAAUGCAGGCGAAACAACAACUGUACUGAUUAUUUUGCAGAAAGUCGCUCCUAAUGUUGCGCUUACAAACCCAAAGAAAGACAAGUUCUUGGUACAGACGUGUAUAGCCGCUGCAUCUGAGGACCCAAAGUCUCUGUGGAACAACCUGCCCCAGGAGCAGUUGAGCGAGCACAAGCUCCGAUGUGUAUGGAAUGUCGACGACAAGAACAAGGAGGAAGAAGAACCCAUUGUAAAUGGUAGUGGAAUAGUCGAUGCACAAGAUAAACCUGUGUCAACCGGAACCCUAGCAGCAAGUACCAAAGGAAAGGAGAUCUCUGCAGCAACGCCCAAGGUGGACGAGGAGGCACUCGCGGCUGCACAACACAUACAAACGUUUAAAGAGGAGAAUGCAAGACUCACGAAGAUAAAUAACACACUUAGGAAAGAUCUGGACUUGCUGAAGAGAGGGUCCACAAACGCAGCCAUCGCAUCAGAUCACAUCAGCGGAACAAAGCGCCCGAGUGGUGCUAAGAAAGACGGCACGAGCCAAUACAUUCUGGCUGCUGCAGCGAUUGGCGGAUGGGUUCUGGGCCAUUAUUUGAUCUAGAAAAUGUGCUCUGUAGGUUGUGGGAAAGAUCAUAGGCACAUAUGGUACACUCUCGAACUACCCGUCUGUCGCGGGUUGUAUGCUCCGAUCCUGAAGGAUAUAUGGAUUCUUCACACGCCGGAUGAGCUGACAUUGACUGCGGGUAGUUAACAAGGCGGUCAUACUAAAAUGUAGAUGAAGGUCCUAAAUAUGUAAUAAACACAGAGACCAAAGAGAAAGACCCUGCUGAAUCCUUUCCAUUCCAAUAUUAGCCAUGACAAAAAUCGAGUGGGGGCCUGUUUUCAUGCUGGACCGGCAUUGCGUCCUUCGCGGAUUCCUCUGAAGCAGCUUGAAGCAGAAUACCUUCAUCGAGCUCUGUAUAUCACUGUCGGAUCUACACCUGAGGUGUCAAUCACCAAAAAAAAAUUACUUAAAGAUAUGUUGAAGAUGCUUAGGACCUUACGCCUUACGGCACCUUUCCCAUAUAUUUCAAGCCUUCGUACACGUGGAGAUGGCAAGGUCAAUAG